AUGUUUGUGUUGAAUCAAAAACUUAAAAAUCUGAAGGAGGCUUUAAAGGUAUGGAACAAGAAUAUUUUUGGUAAUGUCCACUCUCAAGUUGAUAAUGCAUACAAAGAACUUGAUGAUAUUCAAGUGAAGAUUCAUAGUCUUGGUUACUCUAAUGUUCUAAUGGAUCAAGAAAAGGCUGCUCAAUUGAAUUUAGAGAGUGCUUUGAACAUAGAAGAAGUCUUCUCGCAUGAAAAAUCAAAAGUUAAAUGGCAUUGUGAAGGAGACAGAAACACAGCUUUUUUUCAUAUAGUUGCAAAGAUCAAAAGAACCUCCAGCCUUAUCUCAACUAUGAAGAAUGGUGAAAUCACAUUGACUGACCCUAAUUUGAUCUCUGAACAUGUUGUAAAUCACUUUACCAAUAUUUUUACCAACAAUCCAAAUAUCACUCAAACUGGCAUGAUUGAAGAGGUUAUUACAAAUCUUAUCACAGAAAGAAUCAACAAUAUGCUUACAAUGUUACCUUCUUAUGAAGAAAUUUCAAAUGCAGUGUUUUCUUUAAAUAGUGAUAGUGCACCAUGGCUAGACGGCUUUGGAGCAAUUUUUUUCAAAAUUACUGGGAAAUAA